GAAACGGAGGAGGGAGAAGAGGACCACAACGACGGCGGCGACGACGACGACGACGAACCACGUCUAGACAAGAGCGACGAGUUCCCCACGAUGACACCCGUUCAAACAGCAUGCUUAGAGUUUUGCAUCCAGUUAUUGAACCACAAAGUCAUGCGGAACGAGUACGAAAGUGCGUUGGUAUGCGUCCUAGCUGUACUAGGCGUUAAUGGGGACACAUGGAGGGAUCCAGAGACAUAUCCACCUAUCUUGUCGUCCACUAUCAAGUGUGCCCGGUUUAUGGUUAUCCAGAAAGCUGUGAAUAUGGCCGGUCCCCUAGAAGAGCCAGAUAGAUAUCGACAAGGGACGGUAAUCGAUUUCGAGGGUAGUAAUAGCGGGUACGAAAGUAGCAACCGCAUCCCUAGGAGCAUUCCCACCCGAAAGGUCGUUAACCGGAUGAUAGAUGGGUUCAUGGUUCGCGGCAGCAAAAGCCCUAUGCAAUGGAUGUUGAAUCUGCGCACGUAUAGGCUGAAGAUCCAUUAUAACACGACCGCUCGCGGCCAUGUCGAGUGGAACGACGGCGAGACGUUACUGUACAAGGGCACUCAGUUCAGUAUGGCCCAGUUCCGCGGUAUGGUCCACGGAUUACUGUUCGAGACGCGCCAGAUUAUGGCUGAAUUAUUAUUUUGUACUAACGACGGAGCGGGAGACAUGCCCAUCGUUCCAUGGGAGUUAUUACGCGACGACCCGACCAAUGGACGCCCCGGAUGGAACUUUUUACAGGACCAACGGACCCGAUUCCCUGUGAAUGGAGAGACAUGGCUGUUUGACAGAAUUAGCGAGCACGAGGCAAUUGAACCCUUCUCCUUCUCCUUCUUUAAGGAUCAGUCUAAGUAUUGA